CAUGGACUCUAACGGAGACCUGCCGACUGAAACCCCGUUCACUAUUUCCGGGUCAAAUAGGAGUGAUCACUGGCAACGAGGUGGUAAUGCAGUGAGGCCUGCGCAGGUGAAACACGCCUUUGAACAACCUGGAUUUAUGAGAGUGCAGUCAAACAUAUGUCCAGCCUGUAAGACUGGGACACUGGAACCCGACUGCACAACCUUAACAACACUUGCCUGCUGCCUGCUUGGACCGUGUUCCGCCCCCUGCUUUAUGGAAAACAGAUGCCCCGUUUGUGGCUACCUUGAUGGCUGGGCUUGCUGUUGAAGGUGUCUAAAGGCUAAAUCAAAGAAAAGUUGGAUAAGAGAGAAUAUCAUUUUUGUAUGAUUUUUUUUUUUUUUUGCUGUUGUUAGUUUUUUUUUUUUUUUUUUACUUUGAUGGGAGUGGUUUAGGGGAUUAGUGUGAAGGAUUUGAGAUUGUGUCUUUGUGAAGAACUAUGUGAAAAUGUGUUGAUAAUGGCCAAAAACUAGACGGUAGAAAGAGAAUUCUUCAUCAGUGACCCCUUGAAAAUAAAGAAUAAUAAAAACAAAUAAAUAAAUAAAUAAAUAAAAUAUAAUAAUGAUAAUCAUAAUAAAAUGGGGAAAGCUAUGAUGG